AUAAAAACCAAACCUCCAAAGACAAAACUCAAACUUAGUCUUAAACUGGAACUUAGCCAAAAUCCUGCUCUGGCAUUAGCACCUUUUUCUCUGUUUAUGGCAACAUCUCUUUUUCUUUUCUUUCCCUUCUUUUUUAAAUGCCUUGACUUAAAACUCUCUCUCUCUCAGCACCCCCACAGUCUCUCAAAGACUUUUUUGUUUCUCUCUCUGGAAGUCGGAAAGAAGGAAUCUAGGGUUUUUGAACAGUGAAUCUUUGCUGCUUCAGUUUUGCUGGUCUCAAGUGUAAGAAUGUUUGCAAUAUUUUCAUCUCUUGUUGAUCAAAGUUGGAUAUAUCAUUUGGCUGCCAUUCAAAGGACUAUGUGACAUCUCUGAUCAUCAGCUAUAAGGAAGCAGGGGCACAAAUUUCUUAUGGCAACUGAGAGUCCAAUUAGAAUAUCAGAAAUGAGUGGAAAAUGGCCUACCCAUCAGGAGCUUGCAGCAUCAUCUACAAAUGUUGCAGUAGAAGAAUUAGGACUGCUUCAGACGGGUCAUAGGUUUCAUGCCAGUGGAACAGAGUCAGUCCCUAAUCGUAGUGGAAGUGCUCCCCCAAGCAUGGAGGGUUCUUAUUUGGCCAUUGAUAACCUUAUAUCCCUGCAGAACCGUACUGUUAAUGUGAACUCAGCUAGUUUACACAGUGCGCUAGAAAAAUGUCAUUCUGAAGAACAGUUACGUGCUGAUCCAGCUUACUUAGCAUAUUACCGUUCAAAUGUCAGUCUUAACCCUCGACUUCCUCCACGACUUAUCUCAUGGGGCAAUCAACAUCUUAAACGCCAUAAUGUUAGAUAUGGCAAUAAUCAGGUUUUGAGUUCUAUAGAUGACAGUGCUAGUAGUUUUUUGCAUUUCUCAAAAGGUUCCCUUUCUACACACAAGGAAGUGGCAGAGGAUGAUCAGUCUCCCCAACGAUCUUUUGAUGAUUUGAUAGAAAGAAAUAAUGAGUUUUUGUCUGGACAGGAUGCAACUUUAGUGGUAGGCCAACACAAUGAAUCUAUCAAUUUAGUAGAGGAAAACUUCCCCUGCACUUCCUCACCUGUAUAUAAUCGGUCUCAGCCUUUAAGCUAUGAAAUAACAGAAGUAGAUUAUUCUGUCGCUGAUUAUAAUUCCCUGCUUGACCCCUCUAUUGGUGUUACAAAUGCUGUUACAUCAAAUUUGGACGGAGAUAUGGGGCUAUCAUCAAGAGCUGAUCAAACUACCCUACCUAGUUCAAGCUCAUCGUCCAACGCUUGUACAGCAACCACAUCUUCCAUGCCUUAUCUUCAAAAAGGAGUUCUACAUAAUAGAGAUAUCCAUCUGAAGGAUGAAGUUAUUGUUGGCAAUGCCAGUGGUUCAGAUGUUUCUGUUAUUGACUCUGUGAUGAAAGAUCUUAAUAUAUCUACCCUGCGCAUGCGGAAUUCUGAAAAUCAUAAGAAUCAAGAACAGAAGCAACACAACUACCAGAACAGUUUGCUGCAACACCAAGGACAAUUGCAACAACCAAGCAACCCAUUUCAUGUUCAAACUGCCAAGUCCCAAUCAACUCCUCAAGGAGUAAAUGGUGCAUACAUUGGCAUAGAUCAGUUUAUGCAAGCCCCUUCGAAGUUCUCAGCUGAGGUACAGCCGGUACUCCAGUCAUCUGGGUUCACACCACUCUAUGCAACCGCAGCAGGAUACAUGACUACACCAAGUCCAUUUUAUCCAAACGUACAAGCUCCAGGUUUACAUUCUCCUCAAUAUGGUGUAGGUGGAUAUGGAUUUAAUUCUUCUGCUGUUCCCCCAUUUAUUACUUACCCACCUUAUGGUGCCAUGCCAUUUGUUUUUGAUGGCUCUGUUGGUCCAAACUUCAAUGCUCAAGUGCCUGGUGUUUCAUCUGGUGGAAGCAUUGCAAAUGGAGCCGAUAUGCAACACCUUAACAAGUUUUAUGGGCAGUUUGGAUAUGCUGUUCAAUCUUCUUUCGGUGAUCCACUUUAUAUGCAAUGUUAUCAGCAGCCAUUUGGGGAAGCAUAUGGUAUUUCUGGUCAGUAUGACCCUGUGGCUAGGGGAGGCAUUGUUGGGAGCCAGAAUAGUGCUUUUGACUCUCAAAAAGGGUCUAACCUUGCGGCUUACCCAGAGGAUCAGAAAAUUCAACAUCAGCAAGGUGGAGGAUCAAGUAAUCUGCCUACGGGUAGAGGAGGUUUGAUGAGUCCUCAUUACCUUGGAAACCCUCAAAAGCUAGGUAUGUUGAUGCAAUAUCCAUCUGCAUCACUUGCAUCUCCAGUUAUGCCUGGAUCUCAAGUAGCAGGGACAAGCGUUACUGUUGGGAAGAAUGAAAGUAGAUUUACAACUGGUUCUGGUAUAUAUUCUGGAUGGCAAGGUCAAAGAGGAUUUGAGAGUUCUAAUGACCCCAAGAUAUAUAAUUUUCUUGAAGAGUUGAAAUCUGGGAAAGGCAGAAGAUUCGAGCUAUCUGAUAUUGUGGGACGUAUUGUUGAAUUCAGUGCUGAUCAACAUGGGAGUCGAUUUAUUCAACAAAAGUUAGAAAAUUGUAGCAUUGAAGAGAAGGCAUCUGUAUUCAAAGAAGUUUUUCCACAUGCUUCCAAACUAAUGACUGAUGUCUUUGGUAACUAUGUUAUUCAGAAGUUUUUUGAGUAUGGAAGCCCUGAGCAAAGAAAGGAACUUGCAAAUAAGCUUUCUGGUCAGAUUUUGAAUUUUAGUCUGCAAAUGUACGGCUGUCGUGUAAUACAAAAGGCACUUGAAGUUGUUGACCUUGAGCAAAAAGCUCAGCUUGUUUAUGAAUUGGAUGGACAUGUUAUGAGAUGUGUACGUGAUCAAAAUGGAAACCAUGUCAUACAAAAGUGCAUCGAGAGCCUUCCUACUGACAAAAUUGGGUUUAUAAUUUCUGCUUUUCGUGGUCAAGUGGCAAUACUUUCUACCCAUCCUUAUGGUUGCCGUGUAAUACAGAGGGUUUUAGAACGUUGCACAGAUGAGCAGCAAUGCCAAUUUAUAGUGGAUGAAAUCCUGGAAUCCGUUUGCAUUCUUGCUCAAGACCAAUAUGGGAAUUAUGUUACCCAGCAUGUAUUGGAGAAGGGAAAACCUCAAGAAAGAAGCAAAAUUAUUAGCAAGUUGUCUGGGCAUUUUGUGCAACUGAGCCAGCAUAAAUUUGCGUCAAAUGUUAUUGAGAAAUGUUUGGAGUAUGGUGGUCCCUCUGAACGAGAACUAAUAGUUGAUGAGAUUGUUGGACAUACCGAGGGAAAUGAUAAUUUAUUGAUAAUGAUGAAGGACCAAUUUGCAAAUUAUGUUGUUCAGAAAAUUUUUGAUACAUGUACAGAAAAUCAGCAGGCAAUACUGCUUAGUCGUAUCAGAUUGCAUGCUCAUGCUUUGAAAAAAUAUACUUACGGGAAACACAUUGUUGCUCGGUUUGAGCAGCUAUUUGGAGAAGAAAGUCAGACUACAGGAUCUUGAUAAAGACAUGAAAAGCAAUCUGGGAUCUGCUUCAAGUGUACUUGAGACUGGGAAAGCACUGCAGUGAUGCCUGUUCCUUGAACAAAGUCUUGACAUGGGUUCUUGGGCUAGUGGAUUUAAAGAUGGGGUGUCUCAUGACUAAUCCCAAUCAUAAGCCCUUGCUGAAGAUUCAAUCAUAGUGACAGGGUUUAUAUUGUUCAACCAGUAAAUAUAUUGUAUAUCUGUGCUUUUAUGUUUGUGUAGCAUAAUUAUUCUGCCUGAAAAAGACAAAGAAGGAUAAAUGGAGUUCUCUGUAGGAGAUUGCAAUAUGUUCCAGAGGGGUUGAUUGGAACUUUUAAGUAAGCCCCUCCUCAUGUUGUAAAAAUAUUUACUGCAACUGUUAUGAAAUGUGUGGAUUUUAUGGAAAAGAAAAAGGAUGGGAUCUGGUAACGAAUUUCAUUGUGACAUUGAAUUGGAUGACAUGUGGCAAAGUCAAGCUUCAUAGAAGUUGAAGCUGCUAUCAUAUUUGCAGAUGGUAUCUAUAAGUGGUAACCAGACCAACUUGAACGCUAAUCAACCAUAAA